AUGGCAAGUGGCGACAAACGACGAAAGAAUGCUCUCAGUUGCAAUGGCUGCAGACAACGGAAGGUGAAGUGCGAAAAACCAUCUUUCGGUCCUUGUCAGCGAUGUAGCAGGCUGGGCAAGCAAUGCCAACUAGAAGGCUCUAUCUCGCGACCUUACUAUCACACUUCAAAGGAACGAUACGAGCUUCUGGUGUCUGUCGUUCGCCAUUUCGUUCCUUCGGCUUCUUUCGAAACCGAAGACCUGCGGCAACUAUUAGACACCCUGAAAGCUCCAGCGGAAGGCUCUCCUGCUCGUUCACCACCUUCUGUUGUGGACACCCCAAGUGGUGGACCGGGCCCGUGGCUGUCGGAGACUAUCACACAAAUAAACACUCCUCCAGCCUCCUCAACUUCUACCUAUCCUGCCAGUCCAGAAUGUGCGAUCGAAGAUUUGGAGAGCACAUUGAUGGUGGAUGCUAUGAAUAUUCCUCGAUUCAGUGGCUCAUCCAGCUGCACCACCCUCAACGCCAAGAUAGUCUCACAUAUGUCCAAAGAUACUGGCGGUCUGUCACCAUUUGCAGAGAAUGAGUCUCCGCCGUUGUUUGAUGGACAAGUGAUCUCUUAUCGAAAUGCAGACUAUCUCCCCGAUAGAAAGGCGCUUGAUCAAGCAGCCGAUAGAUUCUACCAUUGGUUUGAUGACGUAUAUGGUGGGAAGGGGGUGCGUGCAUCCGUGCUGGUCAUAUUGUAUCUGGUCAUGGCCCUCUGUGGCGAUGAAGAGCCCAGUUUUCAAAUUUCUCGAUCCUGCAUGGAUGAUGUGAUAGAUGAAUCGAGCUUGGAGAGUGUGCGGGCAAUUAUGUUGAUGAGCUUGUACCGCCAAAGAGAGAAUGAGCGGAGUGUUGCCUGGGCUAUGCUGGGUCUGGCAAUCCGAAUCUCAAUGUCGCUUGGUCUUCACCAAAAUAUAGGCUAUGUGCACGACACUUCCAUAUAUGGAUCACAAGUUAAGCGGCGCCUGUGGUGGUCCCUCUGCGAAUUUGACAACUGGAGUUCUUGCAUGCUGGGACAAACUUCUGGCCUUGGUUGCUCGGAUAAUGCCGUUUCUCUUCCUUCGCAGGAAUUCAAUACUACACCCUACAUCCCGCCUGGAUACGCCACUAGCUCAGCAUCUCUCGGUAUUCUGAUUGGCCAAAUAUCCCAACAGGUGUAUAUCCAAAACGGAAAUUUGAGAAGCAAAGAACAGUUGACUAGUGAGCUUAUCCAGAAGGUCGAAACGUGGAACAAAGAACUGUCCGAUCACCUUCGUCCAAAUUCGGCAUUCCCCUCCUGCUUUGCACGCGCCACGUUAUAUUUAAACCUCAAAUACAAUUACGCCCGCAUGCUUAUCGGUAGGCCUUAUAUGGCCCAUUCGAUACUUUGCAGCAACAGCCAUGAUGCUGUGUUCAAAUCCCGAGCGGAGACGUGUAAAGCUGCAAACCGUGACUCGAUUGAGAUUUUGAUGGAAUUCUAUCGCCGAGGUCUCUUGUCGACGUCUCUUUGGUUCGAUACAUACUUCAUCUUGGCAACAGCAAUAGUUCUAUUUCUCCGUGCUGUCGAAACACCGAGUGUGCAGAACGAGUUAAAAUCAUUUCUGCCUGUUUUAAAAAUGUGCGAUCGAAGCCAGAUUGGAAAAUACGCUACUGGAAGUUUCGAAAGGUUUCUCUAUAAUUUGGAGAACGGUAUAAAGGAAAGGCGUACUAUCAAUGUCGCAGAUCCGUUUUCUCAGUCAUCCAACCUUGGUCAUGAGAGUUAUAGUUGUCAUGGAAUAAAUUUCAAUGACCUGGGAGAUCUCAACGCCCUUGGGUCUGAGUGCUUCGGCUUUGGAGAGGAAUUUGAUAUGGACUUAUGUGGAGCUUGGAACACCUUGGAGUUAGGGUUGUAA